AUGAGUAUUGGAAGCACGCACAGGCUGACCCGUCUUUUCGCGCACGCCAAGGCGUUCAAGAACGACAUCGAGUUCCUGGGGGCGUACAGGAAUAACGCGCAGUGGAAGGAGUGGAAGCUGCUGGUGGAGAGCGUAGACGAACUUCGAAAGAAGCCGAUCGACGAGAUUCCCAUGGAGGACAUAGUGGUCACUCUGGAUGAGAUCGUGGAGGUUGAUGAGGUCGUGCGGGCAGAAGUCGAUAGGGUCAAGGCAGAAGAGAAGAAGAGAAAGAGAGAAGAGGCAGAGGAGGAAGAGAGGAAGAGGCAGAGAGAGGAGGAAGAUGAGGAGGAGGAGGAGGAGGAUGAGGAGGAAGAUGAGCAGAAUGAGGAGGAUGAAGAUGAGAAUGGAGAAGAAGAAGAGUUUUAA